UAAAUUUUGUGCUGUUAAACAAGUGUCCAUCACAAGUUCCGCUGUCACCGCCCACUGGUUCGCGUCCUGUGCGUGCCCUUUUCGCAAGCUACGCUUAUACGGCUGUUAAUAUGACCUUUACAUUAACAUUGCGCUGUUAACCGAAGUGCUGCCGUUCACUGAUUCCGAGUCCUGUGCGUGCGCGUGUGCUGCCCUUAUUUUAGGGUGUGUUCCGUACAGCAGCAGCUGUGGACCUUUGUGCGUGUAUGUCUGUGUGCGUGCGUGUGUGUGUGACCCAGUUGAGUGCUAGCCGUGGCCUAUAGCGCCCUGCCCAGGCCGUUUGCAUUAAACAUUGAAAAGUGCUUUAAUUUGCUAAUUUAUUUAUGUCAAAAGCGAAAAAAAAAAAAUUGCGUUCAAGUGCGUGUGAAACGAUUUACGUUAUAUGAUAUAGGGAGAGGAAGCUUAAGGAGUGGUUUUUUACAGCAACUUUCUUUUCCGUUUGCGGCUUUCGUCAUACGCCUAACCAAUUCUUGUAUGGCUGCUUGACGUUGUUUUCCCUGUUGUUGCUGUCGUAAACGAGAAUGAGUUAAAAGAGUAAAGACACGGAAAUUGCAUAAUCUUAAUGUGAUACCCACCUCUAAAUCGUUCAUCUACUACUUUAAGUACGCCAAGAACCAACCAAACGCGAGCCGCAAAAAUGUUCUCAUGUUGUCGUGCAAAUCCAAAAGCAGCCAAAAAGGACAAGGACAAGGACAAUCAGAGUAAAAUCGAAGCUGAAACAAACGAACCAGCGAUUGAGGAGGAGCUCAAACCGAAUGGCAAUGUCUCAGUGCCAGAGCCUGAACCAGAACCAGCUCCAGUAGACAAAACCGAACCCGCACCCGAACCCGAACCGGAGCCAGCAGAGGCUGUUAAUGUUGAGCCCCCAACUGCCCUUGACAUAGAAGCCAUCGACGCAGCAGACGUCUCGCCAACGCUACGUUCGACGCACUCAUCCACAUCCACAGCAGCGCCCGCAUCGAUGACCAGCGCCACGGAGGAUGAGCCGGCACCGCAGCAGCAGCAGGAGGCGUUGCCGCCGGCAGCCCAUGCGCCGCCCACAAGGAGCUGCCUCUCGCGGCACAAUUCAACGCAUCAUUCGAUCAAGAAGAAGGUGAACAUUAGCACACGGGCCGAGAUCAUUGAGCCGCUGCUGCUGCUGGCCAAUCACAAUAACAACAACAGCUCGCUGGCGGAUGACGAUGAGGUCUUCUCGGACUCGCUGCCGCCGCCCAAGCGGGAGAGCAUGUGCGCGCCGUACAUUGAGGGUGAACAGCUGCCGGCCGGAACCCUGGCUCUGGCCCACGGACUGCCCGCCUGGUUUGACGACGAGCGACUCAAUGAGAUGUACGCGUUCUCUUUCGUUAAAACCCGAAAAAAAAAUUCCCAACCAGUUUAAAAACUCUCUCUUCUCUCUCUCUCUCUAUUGUUGUUG